UUCGGCCUCUCUCGGCAUUUCCCGGCUCCCUUCGGCCUCUCUCGCCAUUUCCCGGCUCCCUUCGGCCCCCGCUCGGCCUUUCCCGGCUCCCCUCGGCCCUUCCCGGCUCCCCUCGGUUCUCCCCGGCCCUCCCCGGCUCCUUUCGGCCCUCCGCGCCGGGCCGGGCCGGGCCGAUGGCGGCGGGCCGCCCGUCUCCGCCCGGUCCCUGCUGCCCCAGCCGGGUGGCGGUGCCCAGCGUGCACCAAAGCCUGCCCGAGAUGGACUUCGAGAGGGGGAUCUGGUCGGCGGCGCGGGACGGGGACGAGCGGCGGGUGCUGGAGCUGCUGGAGCGACGGGGGGGGCCCAGCCAGCCCGACACGGCGGGGUACACGGCGCUGCACUACGCCAGCCGCAACGGGCACCUGGGGGUCUGCCGGCUGCUGCUGCAACGGGGGGCCCGCUGCGACGCCCGCACCCCCGGGGGGGCCACCCCGCUGCACCGCGCCAGCUACUGCGGCCACCUGGCCGUCGCCCGGCUACUGCUAGCCCACGGCGCUGACCCGGCUGCCGCCGACGGGGACGGCCUCACCAGCCUGCACAAGGCGGCCGAGCAAGGCCACCCGGAGCUCUGCGCCCUGCUCCUGCGGCACAGCCCGGCGCUGGUCACCGUCGCCGACGUCAAGGGCCGGCGGCCUCGCGACGUGGCCACCGCGGGGGUGAGGGACCUGCUGGAUACCUGGGACCAGGAGAGCCACCGCCCCGAGGGACAGGCGGUGACACCGGAGCCCGUCUCCCAUGGUAUCUCCCCGCGGAAGGACCUAGGACCUGAUCGUCGAGACGUGAUUAACAAAAAUAAUUAACCUUCUCCCAAUAACUUACAAGAGUUCACCCAGGGAACUUGUGCUUUUUUUCGGGAG